CCAGAGGAUCAGCCACACAGAGAAAAAAAAAGCCAAGUUAAAAUCAACUCACAUCAGAGGAGGAAGGGAGGGAGAGAGCGGGGUGAAAACGCCCUGGAAAGUUGGUUGAUCGAGAAAGAAGUGACAGAAUCCUAACAGACUGCAAAGCUGUGGGUGGAAGAGGUGCUCUUCUUGGGCUGGGUAGAACGGGAGAGAACACGUUUUCCAGGAUGCUCAGGGAAGUGUGAGGCUUCUUGGGCGCAGGGACUGCGCACAGCAGAAGUCAAGAAAGACAAACCACAUCAACAGACUGAAGCCCUUGGCAUUGCUUGAGCGAUCCAAGGAAAACCAAGAUUUUUCCAUCACAACUGAGGCCAAAUAGAGAAGAGCAAAAAAGAUGGCUGAAGAGGAAGAAACCAGGGAAGUUCUUUUCCCAGACUGGGAGGGUCCCGACCAAACUGGCUUGACAAUUGAACAGACAGGAGGAGAGAUCUUUGUUAAGGAGGUCAAAGGAGAGUCACCUGCGGCUCGGUCUGGAAAAGUAUAUGAAGGUGAUCAAAUUGUUGGUGCCACAAUUUACUUUGACAACAUGAGCUCAGAAGAAACAGCAGAGCUACUGAAGACACUGAACCGCCAUAAGGUUGGACUGAAACUGCAAAACAGAGGAGACAAAUCCCCUCUCUGCUCGCCUUUGGCCACACCAUGUCGCUCACCAAUGGGUACACUGACAUGGGAAGGGAAGACGCGAUUUGGAGGAUCCAGUCCAGACAUCAUCCUUGGUGGUGAUGAGGAGGACUAUAAGAGAAUAUACACAAAAAAGAUCAAACCAAGGCUGAAGUCUGAAGAUCUUGCAGAGGGAGUAGAUGUUCGUACAGAGCGCCACAGCAGUACAAGCAGCGAUGGCAACACUAUUACUACAAUCACCCGGCGCAUCACUACCUACACAGUAGAUAUGCCAAGUGACAUAAGUGAGCAACUUGAACUUUCAAGCCCAGAGUUUAAGGGGCUAAAACUUGAAUCUGGAGAUGGCUCUCCUGGAUUCAGAAUCACACAUGGCAGUACUUCAGUUAAAGAGGGAGCAGAGGAGGGAGUUUUUGUGUCAGGCAAUGUCUCCAAAGAGACACACUGGGGCAGUGGGGUUGUUAAGACAACAACAAUAACCUCAAGAGAGACAGAAAAAGACAGAAGUACAGGUCUUAGAUAUAAAGGGCCAAGCACUGGAAAAACAGGUGGUAGCCAGGCAGAUUUUGAAAUGUCAAGAGCGAGUGGAGAAAAAGGAGAUGGAAGAAAUCAGGUGUCAGAAACAAACAUGGCAAUAAUAAACAGUGGGACUACUAAAGUAACAAUAGGAAGCGUGGCAGGUGCAGAUGUUGAUGUUGACCUUCCCAAAGCUAACACUGAUGUGAAUAUAAAAGGGGCAAAGAUGCCAGGUUUAGACAUCAAACUAAGAGGUCAUAAAGUGAAGGGAGAUGUGGAUGUCUCACUCCCAAAGAUUAAAGGAGAUAUACAAGCUCCUGAGGUGGACACUGAAGGACCAGAUGUUGACACUGAGGGCAGCAAAGUAGAAUUUAAAAUGCCUAAAUUCAAAGGUGCAUCGUUUGGCAUCACGGGUUCAAACAUAGAAAGCCCAGAUGUUUCCCUUUCUAAAGCCAACAUUGAUGUGAAAGCAACUAACAUUGACAUCAAGGCUCCAGAGAUUGACAGUGGAGGCUAUGAUGGAAAAAUCAGAGGACCCACUUUUAAGGUGUCAACCAUAAAAGGACCAAAGAUGCCAGAUAUCAAAUUAAAAGGUUCUAAAGUGGCAGGACAUGUGGAUGUCUCACCCUCAGAGAUUGAAGGAGAUAUACAAGCGCCUGAUGUGGAUAUCGAAGGACCAGAUGUUGACAGUGGGGCCAGUAAAGGAGGAAUUAAAAUGCCUAAAUUUAAAAUGAUGUCAUUUGGCAUUCAGGAUCCAAACAUGGUCGGUCCAGAUGUUGAUGUUAAUCUUCCCAAAGCCAACAUUGAUGUGAAAGCACCUGAAGUUGACAUCAAAUAUCCAGAGUUUGACAUUGAAGGACCAGAUGCAAAACUGAAAGGGCUCAAAUUCAACAUACCAACUAUUUCAGGACCCAAGGUGUCAACCUCAGAUGUAGAUGUCCAUCUAAAAGGUUCAAAACUGAAAGGUGAAGUUGACAUGUCAGUUCCAAAAAUAGAGGGAGUGAUAAAAACAUCUGAAGUUGACAUCACAGGUCCUAAGGUUGAUAUUGAAAGGCCAAAGGGUGUAUUUGAAAUACCAAAAUUAAACGUGCCUUCCAUUAACAUUAAAGGUCCUACAAUGGAGGGCCUGGAUGUUGAUGUGAACCUUCCAAAGGCAAACAUUGAUGUGGAAGGAAGUGAAAUUGACAUUGACGGCCCCAAUACAAAUAUCAGAGGGCCCAAACUAAAAGGUCCUAAAGUGGAGGGAGAUGUGGCUGUCUCUCUUCGAAAGACUGAAGGAGAUAUACAAGCUCCUGGGGUGGACAUUGCAGGCCCAGAUGUUGACAUUGAGGGCAGCAAAGGAGGAUUUAAAAUACCUACAUUUAAAAUUCCUUCAUUUUCCAAUAAAGGUACAAAAAUAGAAAGCCCAGAUGUUGAUGUUAAUCUUCCCAAAGCCAAAGUUGAGUGUCCAGAUAUUGAUGUGAACAUCCCCAAGGCAAACAUUGAUGUGGAGGGAAGUGAUGUUGAUAUUAAAGCUCCAGAAAUUGAAGGCCCUGAUACAAAUAUCAGAGGGGCCAAAUUGAAGAUGCCAACCAUAAAAGGAGUAACAAUGCCAGAUUUAGACAUCAAACUAAAAGGUCCUAAAGUGGGAGGAAAUGUGGAUGUCUCACUCCCAAAGAUGGAAGGAGAUAUACAAGCUCCUGAGGUGGACAUUGCAGGACCAGAUGUUGAUAUUGAGGGCAGCAAAGGAGGAUUUAAAUUGCCUAAAUUAAAAGUCCCAACAUUUGGCAUCAAGGCUCAAAACAUAGAAAGCCCAGAUGCUGAUGUUAAUCUUCCCACAGCCAACAUUGAUGUGAAAGCACCCAACAUUGACAUUAAGGGUCUAGCUAUUGACAUUGGAGGACCUGAUGCAAAAAUUGAAGGGCCCAAAUUCACCACGCCAAAAAUUUCAGGACCUGAUUUGUCAAUGCCAGAUAUAGAUACCCAGCUGAAAAGUCCCAAACUGAAAGGUAAUGUUGACAUAUCAGCUCCAAAGAUAGAGGGAGAAAUAAAAACACCUGAAGUUGAUAUCAAAGGUCCUAAUCUUGAAAAAACUGCAAAAUUUAAACUGUCAACAAUUUCUGGUCCAAAAAUGUCUUCAACAGAUGUUGACAUAUCCAUGAAGGGGUCAGGUCUGAAAGGCGAUUUAAAAGGGGAUGUUGAGGUGCCAAAAUCUGAAUUUAAACCAGAUAUCACAGUUGACGUUCCUGAAAUAAGCACAAAGAAAACCAAAUUUAAAAUGCCAAAGUUUGGAAUUAAGGGUACAAAGGUAAAGGGCCCACAGACUGAUGUAAGCCUCAAGGGGGAAAUUGGAAGCUCUGAAGGCGAUGAUGUUGACCCGGGAUUAAGUGGUCCAAAAAUCAAAGGUUCAAAAUUCAAGAUGCCUAAAUUUGGAUCCAAAGGCCAAAAGGCUGAAAUGCCAGAAGUUGAUCUUAAUGUUGACAUUGAAGGCCCUGAUGCAAACCUCCAAGGACCAGAUAGCAAACUUCCAUCACUUUCAGGACCCAAAAUUCCAGACUGGGAUAUUAGCCUGAAAGGGCCCAAAGUAGAGGGAAAUGUCUCAGUUCCAAAGAUUGAGGGUGAUAUAAAAGCUUCCAAAAUUGACAUUGAACGACCAGAUUUGGACCUUGAUGGUAAAAAAGCAGAAUUCAAAAUGCCUAAUCUCAAAAUUCCCUCUUUUGGAAUCAAAGGACUGGAUGUUGAAGCACCAGCAGUUGAUGUUAGUCUGCCAGAGGCUGAUAUUGAUAUCAGAGCUCCAGAUGUUGACAUUAAAGGACCAGAGGUUGACCUGGAAGGUCCCAGUGGUAAGAUCAAGGGACCACAAAUCAAAAUACCAACCAUCAAAGGACCUCAAAUCUCUAUGCCUGAUGUGGAUUUCAAUUUGAAAGGUCCAAACUGGAAAGGCGGUGUGGAUGUAUCAGGUCCAAAGAUUAAAGGAGACAUAGGAAAACCUGACAUUGAUUUCAAAGGUCCAGGGAUUGAUAUUGAAGGACCAAAGGCUGGAUUUGACAUGCCUAAAAUCAAAAUGCCAACUUUCAAAGGUGCUAAAAUGGAGGGCCCAGAUAUUGAUGUGAAGCUCCCAAAAGCUGACAUUGAUGUGAACUUACCAAGUGUUGACGUCAAAGCUCCAGAGAUUGACAUCAAAGCUCCUGAUGCAAAACUCCAUGGACCAAAUAUCAAAUUACCAUCAAUUACAGGACCCAAACUCCCAGAGUGGGAUCUUAAACUGAAAGGGCCCAAAGUAAAGGGAGAUGUUGAUGUCUCAGUUCCAAAGAUUGAGGGUGAUAUAAAAGGACCCAAAAUUGAUAUUGAAGGACCAGAUGUUGACCUUGAUGGUAAAACAGGAGGAUUUAAAAUGCCUAAAUUCAAAAUGCCAACCUUUGGAAUUAAAGGCUCACAUGUUGAAGGGCCAGAGGUUGAUGUUAGUCUCCCGGAGGCUGAUAUUGAUAUCAGAGCUCCAGAUAUUGAUAUCAAAGGACCAGAGGUUGACCUGGAAGGUCCCAGUGGUAAGAUCACGGGACCACAAUUCAAAAUGCCAACCAUCAAAGGACCUCAAAUCUCUAUGCCUGAUGUGGAUUUGAAUUUGAGAGGUCCAAACUGGAAAGGCGGUGUGGAUGUAUCAGGUCCAAAGAUAAAAGGAGACAUAGGAAAACCUGACAUUGAUUUCAAAGGUCCAGGGAUUGAUAUUGAAGGACCAAAGGCUGGAUUUGACAUACCUAAAAUCAAAAUGCCAACUUUCAAAGGUGCUAAAAUGGAGGGCCCAGAUAUUGAUGUGAACCUCCCUAAAGCUGACAUUGAUGUGAACUUACCAAGUGUUGACGUCAAAGCUCCAGAGAUUGACAUCGAAGCUCCUGAUGCAAAACUCCAUGGACCAAAUAUCAAAUUACCAUCAAUUCCAGGACCCAAGCUCCCAGAGUGGGAUCUUAAACUGAAAGGGCCCAAAGUAAAGGGAGAUGUUGAUGUCUCAGUUCCAAAGAUUGAGGGUGAUAUAAAAGGACCCACAGUUGAUAUUGAAGGACCAGAAGUUGACCUUGAUGGUAAAACAGGAGGAUUUAAAAUGCCUAAAUUCAAAAUGCCAACCUUUGGAUUUAAAGGCUCACAUGUUGAAGGGCCAGAGGUUGAUGUUAGUCUCCCGGAGGCUGAUAUUGAUAUCAGAGCUCCAGAUAUUGAUAUCAAAGGACCAGAGGUUGACCUGGAAAGUCCCAGUGGUAAGAUCAAGGGACCACAAUUCAAAAUUCCAAACAUCAAAGGACCUCAAAUCUCUAUGCCUGAUGUGGAUUUCAAAUUGAAAGGUCCAAACUGGAAAGGCGGUGUGGAUGUAUCAGGUCCAAAGAUUAAAGGAGACAUAGGAAAACCUGACAUUGAUUUCAAAGGUCCAGGGAUUGAUAUUGAAGGACCAAAGGCUGGAUUUGACAUGCCGAAAAUCAAAAUGCCAACUUUCAAAGGUGCUAAAAUGGAGGGCCCAGAUAUUGAUGUGAACCUCCCUAAAGCUGACAUUGAUGUGAACUUACCAAGUGUUGACGUCAAAGCUCCAGAGAUUGACAUCAAAGCUCCUGAUGCAAAACUCCAUGGACCAAAUAUCAAAUUACCAUCAAUUACAGGACCCAAACUCCCAGAGUGGGAUCUUAAACUGAAAGGGCCCAAAGUAAAGGGAGAUGUUGAUGUCUCAGUUCCAAAGAUUGAGGGUGAUAUAAAAGGACCCAAAAUUGAUAUUGAAGGACCAGAUGUUGACCUUGAUGGUAAAACAGGAGGAUUUAAAAUGCCUAAAUUCAAAAUGCCAACCUUUGGAUUUAAAGGCUCACAUGUUGAAGGGCCAGAGGUUGAUGUUAGUCUUCCGGAGGCUGAUAUUGAUAUCAGAGCUCCAGAUAUUGAUAUCAAAGGACCAGAGGUUGACCUGGAAAGUCCCAGUGGUAAGAUCAAGGGACCACAAUUCAAAAUUCCAAACAUCAAAGGACCUCAAAUCUCUAUGCCUGAUGUGGAUUUCAAAUUGAAAGGUCCAAACUGGAAAGGCGGUGUGGAUGUAUCAGGUCCAAAGAUUAAAGGAGACAUAGGAAAACCUGACAUUGAUUUCAAAGGUCCAGGGAUUGAUAUUGAAGGACCAAAGGCUGGAUUUGACAUGCCUAAAAUCAAAAUGCCAACUUUCAAAGGUGCUAAAAUGGAGGGCCCAGAUAUUGAUGUGAACCUCCCCAAAGCUGACAUUGAUGUGAACUUACCAAGCGUUGACGUCAAAGCUCCAGAGAUUGACAUCAAAGCUCCUGAUGCAAAACUCCAUGGACCAAAUAUCAAAUUUCCAUCAAUUACAGGACCCAAACUCCCAGAGUGGGAUCUUAAACUGAAAGGGCCCAAAGUAAAGGGAGAUGUUGAUGUCUCAGUUCCAAAGAUUGAGGGUGAUAUAAAAGGACCCAAUAUUGAUAUUGAAGGACCAGAUGUUGACCUUGAUGGUAAAACAGGAGGAUUUAAAAUGCCUAAAUUCAAAAUGCCAACCUUUGGAUUUAAAGGCUCACAUGUUGAAGGGCCAGAGGUUGAUGUUAGUCUCCCGGAGGCUGAUAUUGAUAUCAGAGCUCCAGAUAUUGAUAUCAAAGGACCAGAGGUUGACCUGGAAGGUCCCAGUGGUAAGAUCAAGGGACCACAAUUCAAAAUACCAACCAUCAAAGGACCUCAAAUCUCUAUGCCUGAUGUGGAUUUCAAUUUGAAAGGUCCAAACUGGAAAGGCGGUGUGGAUGUAUCAGGUCCAAAGAUAAAAGGAGACAUAGGAAAACCUGACAUUGAUUUCAAAGGUCCAGGGAUUGAUAUUGAAGGACCAAAGGCUGGAUUUGACAUGCCUAAAAUCAAAAUGCCAACUUUCAAAGGUGCUAAAAUGGAGGGCCCAGAUAUUGAUGUGAACCUCCCUAAAGCUGACAUUGAUGUGAACUUACCAAGUGUUGACGUCAAAGCUCCAGAGAUUGACAUCAAAGCUCCUGAUGCAAAACUCCAUGGACCAAAUAUCAAAUUACCAUCAAUUACAGGACCCAAACUCCCAGAGUGGGAUCUUAAACUGAAAGGGCCCAAAGUAAAGGGAGAUGUUGAUGUCUCAGUUCCAAAGAUUGAGGGUGAUAUAAAAGGACCCAAAAUUGAUAUUGAAGGACCAGAUGUUGAUCUUGAUGGUAAAACAGGAGGAUUUAAAAUGCCUAAAUUCAAAAUGCCAACCUUUGGAUUUAAAGGCUCACAUGUUGAAGGGCCAGAGGUUGAUGUUAGUCUCCCGGAGGCUGAUAUUGAUGUCAGAGCUCCAGAUAUUGAUAUCAAAGGACCAGAGGUUGACCUGGAAGGUCCCAGUGGUAAGAUCAAGGCACCACAAUUCAAAAUACCAACCAUCAAAGGACCUCAAAUCUCUAUGCCUGAUGUGGAUUUCAAUUUGAAAGGUCCAAACUGGAAAGGCGGUGUGGAUGUAUCAGGUCCAAAGAUAAAAGGAGACAUAGGAAAACCUGACAUUGAUUUCAAAGGUCCAGGGAUUGAUAUUGAAGGACCAAAGGCUGGAUUUGACAUGCCUAAAAUCAAAAUGCCAACUUUCAAAGGUGCUAAAAUGGAGGGCCCAGAUAUUGAUGUGAACCUCCCUAAAGCUGACAUUGAUGUGAACUUACCAAGUGUUGACGUCAAAGCUCCAGAGAUUGACAUCAAAGCUCCUGAUGCAAAACUCCAUGGACCAAAUAUCAAAUUACCAUCAAUUACAGGACCCAAACUCCCAGAGUGGGAUCUUAAACUGAAAGGGCCCAAAGUAAAGGGAGAUGUUGAUGUCUCAGUUCCAAAGAUUGAGGGUGAUAUAAAAGGACCCAAAAUUGAUAUUGAAGGACCAGAUGUUGACCUUGAUGGUAAAACAGGAGGAUUUAAAAUGCCUAAAUUCAAAAUGCCAACCUUUGGAUUUAAAGGCUCACAUGUUGAAGGGCCAGAGGUUGAUGUUAGUCUCCCGGAGGCUGAUAUUGAUAUCAGAGCUCCAGAUAUUGAUAUCAAAGGACCAGAGGUUGACCUGGAAGGUCCCAGUGGUAAGAUCAAGGGACCACCAUUCAAAAUACCAACCAUCAAGGGACCUCAAAUCUCUAUGCCUGAUGUGGAUUUCAAUUUGAAAGGUCCAAACUGGAAAGGCGGUGUGGAUGUAUCAGGUCCAAAGAUAAAAGGAGACAUAGGAAAACCUGACAUUGAUUUCAAAGGUCCAGGGAUUGAUAUUGAAGGACCAAAGGCUGGAUUUGACAUGCCUAAAAUCAAAAUGCCAACUUUCAAAGGUGCUAAAAUGGAGGGCCCAGAUAUUGAUGUGAACCUCCCUAAAGCUGACAUUGAUGUGAACUUACCAAGUGUUGACGUCAAAGCUCCAGAGAUUGACAUCAAAGCUCCUGAUGCAAAACUCCAUGGACCAAAUAUCAAAUUUCCAUCAAUUACAGGACCCAAACUCCCGGAAUGGGAUCUUAAACUGAAAGGGCCCAAAGUAAAGGGAGAUGUUGAUGUCUCAGUUCCAAAGAUUGAGGGUGAUAUAAAAGGACCCAAAAUUGAUAUUGAAGGACCAGAUGUUGAUCUUGAUGGUAAAACAGGAGGAUUUAAAAUGCCUAAAUUCAAAAUGCCAACCUUUGGAUUUAAAGGCUCACAUGUUGAAGGGCCAGAGGUUGAUGUUAGUCUCCCGGAGGCUGAUAUUGAUAUCAGAGCUCCAGAUAUUGAUAUCAAAGGACCAGAGGUUGACCUGGAAGGUCCCAGUGGUAAGAUCAAGGGACCACCAUUCAAAAUACCAACCAUCAAAGGACCUCAAAUCUCUAUGCCUGAUGUGGAUUUCAAUUUGAAAGGUCCAAACUGGAAAGGCGGUGUGGAUGUAUCAGGUCCAAAGAUUAAAGGAGACAUAGGAAAACCUGACAUUGAUUUCAAAGGUCCAGGGAUUGAUAUUGAAGGACCAAAGGCUGGAUUUGACAUGCCUAAAAUCAAAAUGCCAACUUUCAAAGGUGCUAAAAUGGAGGGCCCAGAUAUUGAUGUGAACUUACCAAGUGUUGACAUCAAAGCUCCAGAGAUUGACAUCAAAGGCCCUGAUGCAAAACUCCAUGGACCAAAUAUCAAAUUUCCAUCAAUUACAGGACCCAAACUCCCAGACUGGGAUCUUAAACUGAAAGGGCCCAAAGUAAAGGGAGAUGUUGAUGUUUCAGUUCCAAAGAUUGAAGGUGAUAUAAAAGGACCCAAAAUGGAUAUUGAAGCACCAGAUGUUGACAUUGGUGGCAAAACAGGAGGAUUCAAAAUGCCUAAAUUCAAAAUGCCAACCUUUGGAUUUAAAGGUCCACAUGUUGAAGGGCCAGAAGUUGAUGUUAGUCUCCCAGAGGCUGAUGUGGAUAUCAGAGCUCCAGAUAUUGAUAUCAAAGGACCAGGGGUUGACCUGGAAAGUCCCAGUGGUAAGAUCAAAGGACCGAAAUUCAAAAUGCCAACAAUCACAGGACCUCAUCUCUCUAUGCCUGAUGUGGAUUUGAAUUUGAAAGGUCCAAACUGGAAAGGCGGUGUGGAUGUAUCAGUUCCAAAGAUUAAAGGAGACAUAGGAAAACCUGACAUUGAUUUCAAAGGUCCAGGGAUUGAUAUUGAAGGACCACAGGCUGGAUUUGACAUGCCGAAAAUCAAAAUGCCAACUUUCAAAGGUGCUAAAAUGGAGGGCCCAGAUAUUGAUGUGAACCUCCCUAAAGCUGACAUUGAUGUGAACUUACCAAGUGUUGACGUCAAAGCUCCAGGGAUUGACAUUGAAGCUCCUGAUGCAAAACUCCAUGGACCAAAUAUCAAAUUUCCAUCAAUUACAGGACCCAAACUCCCAGAGUGGGAUCUUAAACUGAAAAGGCCAAAAGUAAAGGGAGAUGUUGAUGUCUCAGUUCCAAAGAUUGAAGGUGAUAUAAAAGGACCCAAAAUUGAUAUUGAAGGACCAGAUGUUGACCUUGAUGGUAAAACAGGAGGAUUUAAAAUGCCUAAAUUCAAAAUGCCAACCUUUGGAUUCAAAGGCCCACAUGUUGAAGGGCCAGAGGUUGAUGUUAGUCUCCCGGAGGCUGAUAUUGAUAUCAGAGCUCCAGAUAUUGAUAUCAAAGGACCAGAGGUUGACCUGGAAAGUCCCAGUGGAAAGAUCAAGGGAUCAAAAUUCAAAAUUCCAACCAUCAAAGGACCUCAAAUCUCUAUGCCUGAUGUGGAUUUCAAUUUGAAAGGUCCAAACUGGAAAGGCGGUGUGGAUGUAUCAGGUCCAAAGAUUAAAGGAGACAUAGGAAAACCUGACAUUGAUUUCAAAGGUCCAGGGAUUGAUAUUGAAGGACCAAAGGCUGGAUUUGACAUGCCGAAAAUCAAAAUGCCAACUUUCAAAGGUGCUAAAAUGGAGGGCCCAGAUAUUGAUGUGAACCUCCCUAAAGCUGACAUUGAUGUGAACUUACCAAGUGUUGACGUCAAAGCUCCAGGGAUUGACAUUGAAGCUCCUGAUGCAAAACUUCAUGGACCAAAUAUCAAAUUUCCAUCAAUUACAGGACCCAAACUGAAAGGGCCAAAAGUAAAGGGAGAUGUUGAUGUCUCAGUUCCAAAGAUUGAGGGUGAUAUAAAAGGACCCAAAAUUGAUAUUGAAGGACCAGAUGUUGACCUUGAUGGUAAAACAGGAGGAUUUAAAAUGCCUAAAUUCAAAAUGCCAACCUUUGGAUUUAAAGGCCCACAUGUUGAAGGGCCAGAGGUUGAUGUUAGUCUCCCGGAGGCUGAUAUUGAUAUCAGAGCUCCAGAUAUUGAUAUCAAAGGACCAGAGGUUGACCUGGAAAGUCCCAGUGGAAAGAUCAAGGGAUCAAAAUUCAAAAUUCCAACCAUCAAAGGACCUCAAAUCUCUAUGCCUGAUGUGGAUUUCAAUUUGAAAGGUCCAAACUGGAAAGGCGGUGUGGAUGUAUCAGGUCCAAAGAUAAAAGGAGACAUAGGAAAACCUGACAUUGAUUUCAAAGGUCCAGGGAUUGAUAUUGAAGGACCACAGGCUGGAUUUGACAUGCCUAAAAUCAAAAUGCCAACUUUCAAAGUUCCUAAAAUGGAGGGCCCAGAUAUUGAUUUGAACCUCCCCAAAGCUGACAUUGAUGUGAACGUCCCAAGUGUUGACAUCAAAGCUCCAGAGAUUGACAUCAAAGGCCCUGAUGCAAAACUCCAUGGACCAAAUAUCAAAUUUCCAUCAAUUACAGGACCCAAACUCCCAGACUGGGAUCUUAAACUGAAAGGGCCCAAAGUAAAGGGAGAUGUUGAUGUUUCAGUUCCAAAGAUUGAAGGUGAUAUAAAAGGACCCAAAAUGGAUAUUGAAGCACCAGAUGUUGACAUUGGUGGCAAAACAGGAGGAUUCAAAAUGCCUAAAUUCAAAAUGCCAACCUUUGGAUUUAAAGGUCCACAUGUUGAAGGGCCAGAUGUUGAUGUUAGUCUCCCAGAGGCUGAUGUGGAUAUCAGAGCUCCAGAUAUUGAUAUCAAAGGACCAGGGGUUGACCUGGAAGGUCCCAGUGGUAAGAUCAAAGGACCGAAAUUCAAAAUGCCAACAAUCACAGGACCUCAUCUCUCUAUGCCUGAUGUGGAUUUGAAUUUGAAAGGUCCAAACUGGAAAGGCGGUGUGGAUGUAUCAGUUCCAAAGAUUAAAGGAGACAUAGGAAAACCUGACAUUGAUUUCAAAGGUCCAGGGAUUGAUAUUGAAGGACCACAGGCUGGAUUUGACAUGCCGAAAAUCAAAAUGCCAACUUUCAAAGGUGCUAAAAUGGAGGGCCCAGAUAUUGAUGUGAACCUCCCUAAAGCUGACAUUGAUGUGAACUUACCAAGUGUUGACGUCAAAGCUCCAGGGAUUGACAUUGAAGCUCCUGAUGCAAAACUCCAUGGACCAAAUAUCAAAUUUCCAUCAAUUACAGGACCCAAACUCCCAGAGUGGGAUCUUAAACUGAAAGGGCCCAAAGUAAAGGGAGAUGUUGAUGUCUCAGUUCCAAAGAUUGAGGGUGAUAUAAAAGGACCCAAAAUUGAUAUUGAAGGACCAGAUGUUGACCUUGAUGGUAAAACAGGAGGAUUUAAAAUGCCUAAAUUCAAAAUGCCAACCUUUGGAUUCAAAGGCCCACAUGUUGAAGGGCCAGAGGUUGAUGUUAGUCUCCCGGAGGCUGAUAUUGAUAUCAGAGCUCCAGAUAUUGAUAUCAAAGGACCAGAGGUUGACCUGGAAAGUCCCAGUGGAAAGAUCAAGGGAUCAAAAUUCAAAAUUCCAAACAUCAAAGGACCUCAAAUCUCUAUGCCUGAUGUGGAUUUCAAUUUGAAAGGUCCAAACUGGAAAGGCGGUGUGGAUGUAUCAGGUCCAAAGAUUAAAGGAGACAUAGGAAAACCUGACAUUGAUUUCAAAGGUCCAGGGAUUGAUAUUGAAGGACCAAAGGCUGGAUUUGACAUGCCGAAAAUCAAAAUGCCAACUUUCAAAGGUGCUAAAAUGGAGGGCCCAGAUAUUGAUGUGAACCUCCCUAAAGCUGACAUUGAUGUGAACUUACCAAGUGUUGACGUCAAAGCUCCAGGGAUUGACAUUGAAGCUCCUGAUGCAAAACUUCAUGGACCAAAUAUCAAAUUUCCAUCAAUUACAGGACCCAAACUCCCAGAGUGGGAUUUUAAACUGAAAGGGCCAAAAGUAAAGGGAGAUGUUGAUGUCUCAGUUCCAAAGAUUGAGGGUGAUAUAAAAGGACCCAAAAUUGAUAUUGAAGGACCAGAUGUUGACCUUGAUGGUAAAACAGGAGGAUUUAAAAUGCCUAAAUUCAAAAUGCCAACCUUUGGAUUAAAAGGCCCACAUGUUGAAGGGCCAGAGGUUGAUGUUAGUCUCCCGGAGGCUGAUAUUGAUAUCAGAGCUCCAGAUAUUGAUAUCAAAGGACCAGAGGUUGACCUGGAAAGUCCCAGUGGAAAGAUCAAGGGAUCAAAAUUCAAAAUUCCAACCAUCAAAGGACCUCAAAUCUCUAUGCCUGAUGUGGAUUUCAAUUUGAAAGGUCCAAACUGGAAAGGCGGUGUGGAUGUAUCAGGUCCAAAGAUAAAAGGAGACAUAGGAAAACCUGACAUUGAUUUCAAAGGUCCAGGGAUUGAUAUUGAAGGACCACAGGCUGGAUUUGACAUGCCUAAAAUCAAAAUGCCAACUUUCAAAGUUCCUAAAAUGGAGGGCCCAGAUAUUGAUUUGAACCUCCCCAAAGCUGACAUUGAUGUGAACGUCCCAAGUGUUGACAUCAAAGCUCCAGAGAUUGACAUCAAAGGCCCUGAUGCAAAACUCCAUGGACCAAAUAUCAAAUUUCCAUCAAUUACAGGACCCAAACUCCCAGACUGGGAUCUUAAACUGAAAGGGCCCAAAGUAAAGGGAGAUAUUGAUGUUUCAGUUCCAAAGAUUGAAGGUGAUAUAAAAGGACCCAAAAUUGAUAUUGAAGGACCAGAUGUUGACCUUGAUGGUAAAACAGGAGGAUUCAAAAUGCCUAAAUUCAAAAUGCCAACCUUUGGAUUUAAAGGCCCACAUGUUGAAGGGCCAGAGGUUGAUGUUAGUCUCCCGGAGGCUGAUAUUGAUAUCAGAGCUCCAGAUAUUGAUUUCAAAGGACCAGAGGUUGACCUGGAAAGUCCCAGUGGAAAGAUCAAGGGAUCAAAAUUCAAAAUUCCAACCAUCAAAGGACCUCAAAUCUCUAUGCCUGAUGUGGAUUUCAAUUUGAAAGGUCCAAACUGGAAAGGCGGUGUGGAUGUAUCAGGUCCAAAAAUUAAAGGAGACAUAGGAAAACCUGACAUUGAUUUCAAAGGUCCAGGGAUUGAUAUUGAAGGACCACAGGCUGGAUUUGACAUGCCUAAAAUCAAAAUGCCAACUUUCAAAGUUCCUAAAAUGGAGGGCCCAGAUAUUGAUUUGAACCUCCCCAAAGCUGACAUUGAUGUGAACGUCCCAAGUGUUGACAUCAAAGCUCCAGAGAUUGACAUCAAAGGCCCUGAUGCAAAACUCCAUGGACCAAAUAUCAAAUUUCCAUCAAUUACAGGACCCAAACUCCCAGACUGGGAUCUUAAACUGAAAGGGCCCAAAGUAAAGGGAGAUAUUGAUGUUUCAGUUCCAAAGAUUGAAGGUGAUAUAAAAGGACCCAAAAUGGAUAUUGAAGCACCAGAUGUUGACAUUGGUGGCAAAACAGGAGGAUUCAAAAUGCCUAAAUUCAAAAUGCCAACCUUUGGAUUUAAAGGUCCACAUGCUGAAGGGCCAGAAGUUGAUGUUAGUCUCCCAGAGGCUGAUAUUGAUAUCAGAGCUCCAGAUAUUGAUAUCAAAGGACCAGAGGUUGACCUGGAAAGUCCCAGUGGUAAGAUCAAAGGACCGAAAUUCAAAAUGCCAACAAUCACAGGACCUCAUCUCUCUAUGCCUGAUGUGGAUUUGAAUUUGAAAGGUCCAAACUGGAAAGGCGGUGUGGAUGUAUCAGUUCCAAAGAUUAAAGGAGACAUAGGAAAACCUGACAUUGAUUUCAAAGGUCCAGGGAUUGAUAUUGAAGGACCACAGGCUGGAUUUGACAUGCCGAAAAUCAAAAUGCCAACUUUCAAAGGUGCUAAAAUGGAGGGCCCAGAUAUUGAUGUGAACCUCCCUAAAGCUGACAUUGAUGUGAACUUACCAAGUGUUGACGUCAAAGCUCCAGGGAUUGACAUUGAAGCUCCUGAUGCAAAACUCCAUGGACCAAAUAUCAAAUUUCCAUCAAUUACAGGACCCAAACUCCCAGACUGGGAUCUUAAACUGAAAGGGCCAAAAGUAAAGGGAGAUGUUGAUGUCUCAGUUCCAAAGAUUGAGGGUGAUAUAAAAGGACCCAAAAUUGAUAUUGAAGGACCAGAUGUUGACCUUGAUGGUAAAACAGGAGGAUUUAAAAUGCCUAAAUUCAAAAUGCCAACCUUUGGAUUUAAAGGCCCACAUGUUGAAGGGCCAGAGGUUGAUGUUAGUCUCCCGGAGGCUGAUAUUGAUAUCAGAGCUCCAGAUAUUGAUAUCAAAGGACCAGAGGUUGACCUGGAAAGUCCCAGUGGAAAGAUCAAGGGAUCAAAAUUCAAAAUUCCAAACAUCAAAGGACCUCAAAUCUCUAUGCCUGAUGUGGAUUUCAAUUUGAAAGGUCCAAACUGGAAAGGCGGUGUGGAUGUAUCAGGUCCAAAGAUUAAAGGAGACAUAGGAAAACCUGACAUUGAUUUCAAAGGUCCAGGGAUUGAUAUUGAAGGACCACAGGCUGGAUUUGACAUGCCUAAAAUCAAAAUGCCAACUUUCAAAGUUCCUAAAAUGGAGGGCCCAGAUAUUGAUUUGAACCUCCCCAAAGCUGACAUUGAUGUGAACGUCCCAAGUGUUGACAUCAAAGCUCCAGAGAUUGACAUCAAAGGCCCUGAUGCAAAACUCCAUGGACCAAAUAUCAAAUUUCCAUCAAUUACAGGACCCAAACUCCCAGACUGGGAUCUUAAACUGAAAGGGCCCAAAGUAAAGGGAGAUGUUGAUGUCUCAGUUCCAAAGAUUAAGGGUGAUAUAAAAGGACCCAAAAUGGAUAUUAAAGGACCAGAUGUUGACCUUGAUGUUAAAAAAGGAGGAUUUAAAAUGCCUAAAUUCAAAAUGCCAACCUUUGGAUUUAAAGGCCCUCAUGUUGAAGGGCCAGAGGUUGAUGUUAGUCUCCCAGAGGCUGAUAUUGAUAUCAGAGCUCCAGAUAUUGAUAUCAAAAAACCAGAGGUUGACCUGGAAAGUCCCAGUGGUAAGAUCAAGGGACCAAAAUUCAAAAUGUCAACCAUCACAGGACCUCAUAUCUCAAUGCCUGAUGUGGAUUUCAAGUUGAAAGGUCCAAAGCUGAAAGGCAAUGUGGAUGUGUCUGUUCCAAAGAUUAAAGGAGACAUAGGAAAACCUGACAUUGAUAUCAAAGGUCCACGGAUUGAUAUUGAAGGACCAAAGACUGGAUUUGACAUGCCUAAAAUCAAAAUGCCAACUUUUAACCGUAAAGGUCUUAAAAUGGAAGGCCCUGAUAUUGAUGUGAACCUCCCCAAAGCUGACAUUAAUGUGAACGUCCCAAGUGUUGACAUCAAAGCUACAGAGACUGACAUCAAAGGCCCUGAUGCAAAACUCCAUGGACCAAAUAUCAAAUUUCCAUCAAUUACAGGACCCAAGCUCCCAGACUGGGAUCUUAAACUGAAAGGGCCCAAAGUAAAAGGAGAUGUUGAUGUUUCCGUUCCAAAGAUUGAGGGUGAUAUGAAAGGACCUACAAUUGAUAUUGAAGGACCAGAUGUUGACCUUGAUGGUAAAACAGGAGGAUUUAAAAUGCCUAAAUUCAAAAUGCCAACUUUUGGAUUUAAAGGCCCACAAGUAGAAGGGCCAGACGUUGAUGUUAGUCUCCCAGAGGCUGAUAUUGAUAUCAAAGGACCAGAAGUUGACCUGGAAAGUCCCAGUGGUAAGAUCAAGGGACCAAAAUUCAAAAUGCCAACAAUAACAGGACCUAAUAUCUCUAUGCCUGAUGUGGAUUUCAAUAUGAAAGGUCCAAACUGGAAAGGCGGUGUGGAUGUAUCAGUUCCAAAGAUUAAAGGAGACAUAGGAAAACCUGACAUUGAUUUCAAAGGUCCAGGGUUUGAUAUUGAAGGACCAAAGGCUGGAUUUGACAUGCCUAAAAUUAAAAUGCCAACUUUUAACCUUAAAGGUUCUAAAAUGGAGGGCCCAGAUAUUGAUGUGAACCUCCCCAAAGCUGACAUUGAUGUGAGCGUACCAAGUGUUGACAUCAAAGCUCCAGAGUUUGAUAUUGAAGUUCCUGAUGCAAACCUACAAGGACCAAGGAUCAAAUUUCCAUCAAUUUCAGGACCCAAGCUCCCAGAGUGGGAUCUUAAACUGAAAGGGCCCAAAGUAAAGGGAGAUGUUGAUGUCUCAGUUCCAAAGAUUAAGGGUGAUAUCAAGGGACCCAACAUUGAUAUUGAAGGACCAGAUUUUGACCUUGAUGGUAAAACAGGAGGAUUUAAAAUGCCUAAAUUCAAAAUACCAUCCUUUGGAUUUAAAGGCCCACAUGUUGAAGGACCAGAUGUUGAUGUUAGUCUCCCAGAGGCUAAUAUUGAUAUCAGAGCUCCAGAUAUUGAUAUCAAAGGACCAGAGGUUGACCUGGAAAGUCCCAGUGGUAAGAUCAAGGGACCAAAAUUCAAAAUGCCAACAAUUACAGGACCUAAUAUCUCUAUGCCUGAUGUGGAUUUCAAUAUGAAAGGUCCAAACUGGAAAGGCGGUGUGGAUGUAUCAGUUCCAAAGAUUAAAGGAGACAUAGGAAAACCUGACAUUGAUUUAAAAGGUCCAGGGAUUGAUAUUGAAGGACCAAAGACUGGAUUUGACAUGCCUAAAAUCAAAAUGCCAACUUUCAAAGGUGCUAAAAUGGAGGGCCCUGAUAUUGAUGUGAACCUCCCCAAAGCUGACAUUAAUGUGAACGUUCCAAGUGUUGACAUCACAGCUCCAGAGAUUGACAUCAAAGGCCCUGAUGCAAAACUCCAUGGACCAAAUAUCAAAUUUCCAUCAAUUACAGGACCCAAGCUCCCAGACUGGGAUCUUAAACUGAAAGGGCCCAAAGUAAAAGGAGAUGUGGAUGUUUCCGUUCCAAAGAUUGAGGGUGAUAUGAAAGGACCUACAAUUGAUAUUGAAGGACCAGAUGUUGACCUUGAUGGUAAAACAGGAGGAUUUAAAAUGCCUAAAUUCAAAAUGCCAACCUUUGGAUUUAAAGGCCCACAAGUUGAAGGGCCAGACGUUGAUGUUAGUCUCCCAGAGGCUGAUAUUGAUAUCAAAGGACCAGAAGUUGACCUGGAAAGUCCCAGUGGUAAGAUCAAGGGACCAAAAUUCAAAAUGCCAACAAUAACAGGACCUAAUAUCUCUAUGCCUGAUGUGGAUUUCAAUAUGAAAGGUCCAAACCUGAAAGGCGGUGUAGAUGUAUCAGUUCCAAAUAUUAAAGGAGACAUAGGAAAACCUGACAUUGAUUUCAAAGGUCCAGGGUUUGAUAUUGAAGGACCAAAGGCUGGAUUUGACAUGCCUAAAAUUAAAAUGCCAACUUUUAACCUUAAAGGUUCUAAAAUGGAGGGCCCAGAUAUUGAUGUGAACCUCCCCAAAGCUGACAUUGAUGUGAGCAUACCAAGUGUUGACAUCAAAGCUCCAGAGUUUGAUAUCGAAGUUCCUGAUGCAAACCUACAAGGACCAAGGAUCAAAUUUCCAUCAAUUUCAGGACCCAAGCUCCCAGAGUGGGAUCUUAAACUGAAAGGGCCCAAAGUAAAGGGAGAUGUUGAUGUCUCAGUUCCAAAGAUUAAGGGUGAUAUCAAGGGACCCAACAUUGAUAUUGAAGGACCAGAUUUUGACCUUGAUGGUAAAACAGGAGGAUUUAAAAUGCCUAAAUUCAAAAUACCAUCCUUUGGAUUUAAAGGCCCACAUGUUGAAGGACCAGAUGUUGAUGUUAGUCUCCCAGAGGCUAAUAUUGAUAUCAGAGCUCCAGAUAUUGAUAUGAAAGGACCAGAGGUUGACCUGGAAAGUCCCAGUGGUAAGAUCAAGGGACCAAAAUUCAAAAUGCCAACAAUUACAGGACCUAAUAUCUCUAUGCCUGAUGUGGAUUUCAAUAUGAAAGGUCCAAACUGGAAAGGCGGUGUAGAUGUAUCAGUUCCAAAGAUUAAAGGAGACAUAGGAAAACCUGACAUUGAUUUAAAAGGUCCAGGGAUUGAUAUUGAAGGACCAAAGGCUGGAUUUGACAUGCCUAAAAUCAAAAUGCCAACUUUCAAAGGUGUUAAAAUGGAGGGCCCAGAUAUUGAUUUGAACCUCCCCAAAGCUGACAUUGAUGUGAACGUCCCAAGUGUUGACAUCAAAGCUCCAGAGAUUGACAUCAAAGGCCCUGAUGCAAAACUCCAUGGACCAAAUAUCAAAUUCCCAUCAAUUACAGGACCCAAGCUCCCAGACUGGGAUCUUAAACUGAAAGGGCCCAAAGUAAAGGGAGAUGUUGAUGUCUCAGUUCCAAAGAUUGAGUGUGAUAUAAAGGGACCCAACAUUGAUAUUGAAGGACCAGAUGUUGACCUUGAUGGUAAAACAGGAGGAUUUAAAAUGCCUAAAUUCAAAAUGCCAACCUUUGGAUUUAAAGGCCCACAUGUUGAAGGGCAAGAAGUUGAUGUUAGUCUCCCAGAGGCUGAUAUUGAUAUCAGAGCUCCAGAUAUUGAUAUCAAAGGACCAGAGGUUGACCUGGAAGGUCCCAGUGGUAAGAUCAAGGGACCACAAUUCAAAAUACCAACCAUCAAAGGACCUCAAAUCUCUAUGCCUGAUGUGGAUUUCAAUUUGAAAGGUCCAAACUGGAAAGGCGGUGUGGAUGUAUCAGGUCCAAAGAUAAAAGGAGACAUAGGAAAACCUGACAUUGAUUUCAAAGGUCCAGGGAUUGAUAUUGAAGGACCAAAGGCUGGAUUUGACAUGCCUAAAAUCAAAAUGCCAACUUUCAAAGGUGCUAAAAUGGAGGGCCCAGACAUUGAUGUGAACCUCCCUAAAGCUGACAUUGAUGUGAACUUACCAAGUGUUGACGUCAAAGCUCCAGAGAUUGACAUCGAAGCUCCUGAUGCAAAACUCCAUGGACCAAAUUUCAAAUUACCAUCAAUUUCAGGACCCAAGCUCCCAGAGUGGGAUCUUAAACUGAAAGGGCCCAAAGUAAAGGGAGAUGUUGAUGUCUCAGUUCCAAAGAUUGAGGGUGAUAUAAAAGGACCCAAAAUUGAUAUUGAUGGACCAGAUGUUGACCUUGAUGGUAAAACAGGAGGAUUUAAAAUGCCUAAAUUCAAAAUACCAUCCUUUGGAUUUAAAGGCUCACAUGUUGAAGGGCCAGAAAUUGAUGUUAGUCUCCCAGAGGCUGAUAUUGAUAUCAGAGUUCCAGAUAUUGAUAUCAAAGGACCAGAGGUUGACCUGGAAGGUCCCAGGGGUAAGAUCAAGGGACCAACAUUCCAAAUGCCAACCAUCACAGCACCUCAUAUCUCUAUGCCUGAUGUGGAUUUCAAAGUGAAAGGUCCAAACCUGAAAGGCGGUGUGGAUCUAUCGGUUCCAAAGAUUAAAGGAGACAUAGGGGAACGUGACAUUGAUAUCAAAGGUCCAGGGAUUGGUAUUGAAGGGACAAAGGCUGGAUUUGAAAUGCCUAAAGUCAAAGUGUCAAACCUUAAAGGUCCCAAAAUGGAGGGUUCAGAUGUUCAUGUGAACCUUCCCAAAGCUGACAUUGGUGUAAAAAUACCUGGUAUUGACAUCAAAUCAAAAAAAGAUUUCAAAGCACCUGAUCUUAAUGUAAAUCUCAAAGACCCCAAGAUAAAAGGUGAGAUUGAUGCUUCAGUGCCAUCCAUCACUAUGGAAGGUGGGAAGACAGGCAUUACAUUUCCAAAAUUCAAGGGUCCUAAGUUCGGAGUCAAAUCAUCAGAAAUAGAGGGUCCUGAUUCCAUGGUUAAGUCACCCAAAUUUAGUGUAGGAGCAAAAGGUACCAGAACACUCCCAGUUGCUGAAGCAAGCCUGGAUGCUCCUGAUGUUGACAUCAGUGUAAAGGGCAAAAAGGGGAAAUUCAAACUUCCUAAAGUAAAAACAAAGACAAAGAAAUCUGAUCUUGACAUAGAAAUGCCAGCAGUCAACUUGGACGUAGACACACCCAGUAUUCAUGUCAAAGGAACAAAGGUAAAGAAGCCUCUUUUUGGUAAGCUUCAUUUUCCUGAUGUUGAAUUAGAUAUUAAAUCACCAAAAUUGAAAGGUGAACAUGACAUUGAUUUGCCAUCUGGUAGCCUCAAUACAUCAUUUGCGGGUUCAAGCAUGGGUAGUCCAAAUGUUAGUUUUGGAGGGUCAAUGCCAAAUGUGAAAGGUGGUGCAGGUAUUGAUGCAAGAAUUGGUAGACUUCAGUACCCAGAGGGUACGGUAACAUUUCCCAAAAUCAAAGUACCCAAGUUUGGUUUUGUUUUCCCUCAAUUAGAAGGCCAAGAGUGUGGAGGAAAUGUUGAAACAGAACUCUUAGCCAGUGGAGGCAUGAACCUACAGUCUCCAUCUGUCAGUUGCCAAGCCAGUUCACAGCAUAUUGAGGAUCCCAGUUCAGAACUUAAGCAUGGUGAAAGCAAAGUAAAGGUAAAGAUGCCAAAAUUUUUUGGCAAAUCAAAAGCAAAGGGUAGUGCAAGUGACAUCCGUGGGCCAGAGGUAGAAUUCAGUAAUAGUGGAAAAGGCAAAAAUGUCUCCAAGGACGUAAAUGUAUUCACUGGCGAGGGGAUGGUUGGAAAAUUGGAAGUAGAAGGUGAUCCGAGAUUUGAUGUAUCAACUAAAGGCAAGUCAGCCUCACUAGAUCUGUUCAAGAAAUCCCGACAUCGGUCUUCUCUGAGUGACGAAGAGGGUCUUGCAGUCAGUUCUCCUUCAGUUCACUUGGCAGAGGGUGGUGACAUUUCAUUAGACCUUGGAGGAAGCAAUGUCAAAGGAAAGAAAAGCAAGUUGAAGUUUGGCACGUUUGGAGGUUUUGGUUCAAAGUCAAAGGGCUCAUAUGAAGUGACACUUGGUGAGGACAGUGAAGCAGGAGCAGAGGGAAGUGCAAGUCUCUCGCUACCCUCUAAGAAGUCAAGAUUGUCUUCAUCAUCCAGCAGUGACAGUGGUUCAAGAGGUGCUGUUAGGUUCCCAAGAGUUGAACUAUCUGUCUCACCAAAAAAAUGAUUCUUAAUCUUAUGUACACUUAAACACAUUUCCCUGAUAUGGUAAACCCUUAAAUAUUAACAAGACUUACAAAGUCAUCUUAACGCAGUUAACCGUGAGUGCAUGAGGCUGUUUUCAAUCCCUUGAAACUGUAAAUAAGAUUAAUUUGUAUUGUAAUAAUAAAUAUUGCUUUUGUACAUAGUCCAAAUCUAUUGAAUCAUGCCAUCUCAAAAAUUAUUCACCAAUAGUUUAUUACAAGGCUUGUCAUUUUGUCCUUUUUCAUUUUAUUAAAUCCUUGUUAAAGAAUGGGUGUGGUAUAUUUUUAUCCGGGGGCCUAUUGCACAGAACAGAUAGUUACGACAGUUAUUUUGAAGGAAAAUCUUGUUUAUAGACAACGCAUUAAACAAGUACCACUUGUAUGUAUGAAAUGAUGCAAUUUUCAAGCUUUGAUAUUUUAUAAUCAGUGCAGAAGUAAAUAUAUAUAUAUAUAUAUAUAUAUAUAUAUAUAUAUAUAUAUAUACACACAUAAUGAGGGAUGGUGUUGUAUAUAUCAUAAUUACAAAAUAAUCACUGUUUAGAAACUAUCAACUUUCUAAAACACUGCCUGUAGUUUACUAUUCAUUGUUAAGAAAAUUUAUUCAGCCUUACAUUGCUGUUUACCAAAAUAUUAAUUUGCUUAUUUUGCUUGAAACAUCUUUUGCUUCCCAAUAGUUUAAUUUUCAGUCCUGUUUUACAAUCCUCUGUAUUUUAUUUCCUUUGUCACACUGUAAAAACUUGUUAUGGUUAUGUUAAUGUCUCACAUAAACUGUCACAUCUAAAUGUUUUUUUUUUUUUCAAACCAAAUCUGCAUUUAUAGAGAGUUGCAUAGUUUUGAUCAGAUAUGAUGUAGAUGGAACACUAUUUGGGUCUAUUCCUUUGUGUGCAUUCUGCCAAAUAAACAAAAUAAAAAAGAUUUAUAGAAUUUA